UUUAAGCGCCGCAGGCUGGGCGUUUGGAAGGCGACCCGGUGCGGAGAGGAGGCGGCUCCUGGCUGCUCCCCGGAGUCUGUGCGACCCGAAGGCUUGCAUAAGGCCGCGCCGCCCUUUCCCGGGCUCGCAUCCGCUGCCGAAGUCCCCUGGAGAGUGCCGUUCUCACCCUGUCCCGCCGGGCUUCGCCGGGCACAGGCUGCCUCCUUCCCUGUCCUCCGGAGGCAGAGUGCCAUGGGAAGUACCUUUACUUCUGGAAGGCCAGAGAAGACAUGGGAGAACAACGGAACACAAGUAUUAGAAGUAUCCAUGGAGAACACUGAAAACUCAGUGGAUGCAAAAUCCUUUAAAAAUGCAGAAACAAAGAUCUUACAUGGAAGUAAAUCAAUGGACUCGGGAAUGUCCUUCGACAACAGUUAUAAAAUGGAUUAUCCAGAAAUGGGUUUAUGUAUAAUAAUUAAUAAUAAGAACUUUCAUAAAAGUACUGGAAUGGCACCUCGGUCUGGUACAGAUGUAGAUGCAGCAAACCUCAGGGAAACAUUCACAAACUUGAAAUAUGAAGUCAGAAAUAAAAAUGAUCUCACAUGCGAAGAAAUUUUGGAAUUAAUGAACAGUGUCUCUAAAGAAGAUCAUAGCAAAAGGAGCAGUUUUGUUUGCGUGCUUCUAAGCCAUGGGGAUGAAGGAAUAAUUUUUGGAACAAAUGGACCUGUUGACCUGAGAAAAGUAACAGGUUUCUUCCGAGGAGAUUACUGUAGAAGUCUGACUGGAAAACCCAAACUUUUCAUUAUUCAGGCCUGCCGAGGUACAGAACUAGACUGUGGUAUUGAGACUGACAGUGGAAUUGAGGAUGACAUGGCCUGUCAGAAAAUACCAGUCGAAGCGGACUUCUUGUAUGCUUACUCUACAGCCCCUGGUUACUAUUCCUGGCGAAAUUCAAAGGAUGGAUCCUGGUUCAUCCAGUCACUUUGUGCGAUGCUGAAACUAUACGCUCACAAGCUUGAGUUUAUGCACAUUCUUACUCGGGUUAACCGAAAGGUCGCAACAGAAUUUGAGUCCUUUUCUCUAGACUCUGCUUUUCAUGGAAAGAAACAGAUUCCAUGUAUUGUGUCUAUGCUCACAAAAGAACUGUAUCUUUAUCACUGAAGAUGGAUGGGUUGGUUUGGUUUGGUUUGGUUCAUAUGCCAAGUGAGGAAAUGGUUUAACUGAUCCUAUAUUUUCCUCUCAUUUAAAUCUAAUUGAAUACUUGAAGUGCUACUUCAGAACAUGCUCCUUUCAUAGCAAUAGAACUAUGAGGCUACCUCACACUCAGAACCAGGUAGCUAAAAUUGAAUUUAAUUAGGAAUAAAUAGAAAUGGGUAAUGGUAUAAUCAUUGUGAGAGGAAAUGUUUCUAAAUUAACUGCCCUGAUAAUUAGCAAGUUUUAGUGAUGGUGUUAUGAAUUUUUAAGUAAUUAUGGAAAAAAGUUAAGCAUUGUAGUUAUGAAUUUCAGUGAUCUUGAUCUGUUCUUAUUUGAAAGUAUGCACCCUGGUUUUUGUCGAAUUAUAGACACGGCUCCAUGGGCAUGAUCAAAAUCUAAAAGACCUACCUUGAUUUUUAGAAUCAGGAUAGGGAUAUAAGUCACUGUAUUUUUAGAUCAUUUGUCUGAGUGCAUGGUUUUGUGGUGUUUGGCUGAAGCAUGUCUUUGUUGCAAAAAGUCAUGUUUAAUAUUGAAAAAGAAACUAAUUUGCCAGAAAGGAAGUGUGAACAAAUCCCCAUAGACUCUUACAAUGCUAAAUGCAACAUUAAAGGAGGGAGGCAGAGUUAGAAUCACAAGGUGCUGAAAUGUAGCUCAUCCACCAACAUCCAUCUCCUGUAGUUUGUGGCUGGGCCAAUCUGUUGAGCUUCACAUACCAGCAAAAUACAUGAAGAGCUAUUGUAUAAGAACCUCAAACUGCUGAUCACCUGAUAGCAGCGUGAAUUGAAGAAAUUCUGCAGGAACAUACUGAAAUACAACUUACAUAAUAAACACUGAAAUGCCAUGGAGAAGCAAUAGAUCAAUCAACCAGGCACUCUAAUUAGAAGAUGGUUUGAGCGUGAGCAGAGACACUGUGGGCACAGCCUGUGUGAUGAGGGCAGGGCCCUGGACCAGCUUUGGAAAAAGCACCUGCUAGCUUUCUUUUUUUUUUUUUUUUUUUGUAUGGACUGGUGUGUGUGGAGGAUGUCCCCCAGGUCAGGAACCUCUAAGAAAGCAAACCAAAUCAGAAACUUCUGAGAUGGACGGUCUCCGAAGACGCUGAGAGUCACAACAGCAACCACAGCACAUUUUGUAGUACAAUUUUUAAGCAUGAUAAGUUAUUUUCUGUUGAAGUUUACAAUCAAAGGUACAGGAAAUGGUACUGUUAUAAUGAUGUACUGUUCACUGAAAUGAAAGGCCCAUGGCACACAGGUCCUUGGAAAUUGCUGGUGUCCCUGCUUCUUUGGCACACCAGGAAGCAGCAGCACGGCCCCAAUGGGCAGGCCCUGAGUCCGUGCUCCAUCCCAGUGCCUCUCUGGUUUUGCAGUCUGACAUUUCAUAUAAGCUCUCUUUUUCUCAAAGGAAACUCACAUUUAUAAAUGACCACUCUUUGUCUCACCUGUGGAACUUUUUCUAAGUAAACGAAGCAUGUAAUGGUAUCUUAAGACGUGCUCCUGUGUGACAAUUUUGUAAACUUUUGUUAUGAAUUUUUAUUUCAAACUGCAAGUUUUAACUUACAAAUUA